GUGGACUAUAUAGUAUGCAUGCCUAUAAAAAGGCCUUGCCAACUUUAACAUGGACAGUUUGUCUGAAUUUAGUGACGACUAUAUAUUCGAUGAGUCAUAAAUCUGUCCUCUACUAUCAUUUACAUAUUUAGGAACUUACCGAGCUGAUCUAUAUGUUCUUUGUGUCUUUCAGAUUGUGGUUCCAUGCAUUACCAGGAGAAACGGUGUUUCUUGCCAGAUGGUGCGUGAUACCCAGGAAUUACAUUGGUGACCCCCAUGAUGGAUUCAACCUAGAUUCUAAGAGAACUGGAAGGAAAAUAUGACAGUGUAACAGUCUUCUGAGUCAAAAAAAAAAUCGCUAUAGGCGUUGACUUGGAUAAUAUCGCGACUUUUGUACGUUUUGUGACGAGAUAGAACAAUCUAUACCGCUUCUAUCCUUUUGUAGAUUUGAAUUACUUUCACUUUUUAAGACUUGUAACGUUUGGGUCAUUUCGAUUAACUGACCGUUGACAGUAACCUCGACAAUGUGGAAUAAUCGAAGGCAGUUUCUAUUAGGCAGUUUCCUCUUCUUGGGUACUGUCACAUUGUUCAUGACGGUAGGUGAUUUGCGAAUGGUGGGUGUCACGAGCUACCAUAAUAAAGACCAGAGAGACGCUGAAACUGUACAUGACCACGGUUGUUAUACCAUUGACACCGCAUUCAACAACAAAAAACAUCCCCCAAAUGUUCGAGAAGAGCGCGGUUGUUCUAAGCGUCUCCCGGAUGUCCUCAUCAUUGGCAGUAAGAAGUGUGGCACCACGACUUUAAAAAACUUCUUAGGAUUUCAUCCGCAAAUCACUGUCACGCAAUAUGAAGCUCAUUUUUACGACACCAAAAGGUAUAUGGGCAUGGAUUGGUUUAAAGAUCAACUACCGUAUGCCCUUCCAAAUCAACUCGUUGUUGAGAAGACACCUCGCUAUUUCGUUUAUCCUGGCAUCAAGGAACAGAUGAGGAAGGACCUCGACCCCGACAUAAAACUGAUCAUCGUCCUCCGAGAACCAAUAACCCGCGGUGUCUCUGACUUCUUGCACAUCACCUACAAGCGUUACACCGGCGCGGACAAGAAAGCUGUAAAACCCUCCUUGUCUCCAGAGCUAGCAGAGCUUCGUAAAACAUUCAAGAAGAAAGAAGCCGAAUACAGUCGACGAUAUCCCAAUUAUGACAAUGUGGGAUUAACUUUCGAAGAGUCGGUCUUAAAUGAUAAAGGAGAAAUUGAUGUUAGCAGUGCUAUUAUUGACACCGGUAUUUAUGUAAAACAUCUAAAGGAAUGGUUAAAAUACUACUCGAGGGAUCAAAUUCUUGUCCUAGAUGGUGAGCAGUUAAUCCUAGAACCUUAUCAAAUCAUGCAAAAGACGGAGAAAUUCUUAGGUAUUGAAACAUACUUUUCCCCCGAGCAUUUUCAUUUCGAUGUAAAGAAACGCUUCUAUUGUCUUUCUAAGCCUAUGUCUGUUUGUAUGAAGUCAUCAAAGGGCCGUAUGCACCCGUCUAUAAGUGAUGAAAUCGUUGAAAAAUUAAAACAGUUUUAUAUGCCCUACAAUAUAGAGUUGGAGGAACUCUUGAACCAGACUUUUUCAUGGACACACAUGUAAGUGAAACGACUUUGAAGAUGGACAUGUUUUGCGAUUAAAUUCAGUCUUCAUAUUUAUUCUUCCACUUUUCUAUAUUUUUUGUCACUCUAAUUUCGCCCAUUUCUUCUGGGCCCUGUUGCAUGAAAUCGAUUAAUGUUAAUUUUGCCAUCCGAUGAUAACAUUUCUCAACAGCUAAUCAAAAUGAAUGAUUUUAUGGAAAUUACCGUUGGAAGGCAAAGCUACCAUGGUAUCGAGGUCCGUAUUGUAUUUUUCGUGUUACAUUCUAUGUUACCUAACGCUACAAAUUUUGAAUUUAUUUUUUCGUUGUUUCAAACUUUGUUCGAAUUAAAAUUGUUAUGAUAUUCAGAAUUUUAUUGAAACGCCUUCACCAUGAUUACUGAUUAUACACUAAUAUAUACUAUUGAAAUAUUUGGUAUAAUCAACUAUUCAAAAGGGUAACUAUCAAAAUACGAACGUUUUUAAUCUAUGACUUCGUAUUACCAAAAAUAUCUUCCUUCAAAGUUAGUAAUGUAUUUCCACAAUAUCAGGCACUGAAGAUAAUGUAUCUUUGCAUGUAUACAGGCAAAUCAAUCAUUGUCAACGAUAUUUGGCAAUCCCUUCUAAAUUUCCCCACCAUGAUUUAUCGCUUUUCAAUUGAAUGAUAUCAGGAAGGAGUUUGUCAAGAUAUUUCACUAUUGUACAUGAUAACAUUCGUUUUAACAUUCUGUGAUUGCCUGCUUUUGUCGUUAUAAUAAUUGGUACAAUGUGAACUGGCCCAUAGAUUAUGGUGUCGUGGGGCGACGGACCUCAAAAGUUUCACUACCAAGAAAAAAAAAAAGAAAAGGGAGAACAGGAAGUAAAAUGAAAGAAACGAGGGUGAAAUUCAAUAUUUUUUUCUUGAUAUUGUGUCAAAAUCUAUCACAAAAUUAUAUUUUAAUUUUAGAAAAUUUUUAAUUUUAGCCUUCCUCGCGCCCUUUUAGAAAUUUUGCCUCAUCCGCCAUGUUGUGCCCCUCAUUUUUUUUCUGGGGGUGGUCAUUAUGCUACCGUUGUAUGUGUGAUGUGUAGGUAGGUCGAUGAAAGAUAAAAAUAUGCAAAUUGUAGGCCAUAGGCCGUCAGAGGGUCAAUGUUACAGACAUUUUGUGUUUCUCGGGUAUUUAUUCUCUUUGAAAUGUUUCUGUUUACAAGAGCUUGCUCUGUGGUUAUGAGGUAAACGGAGAAACCAUUAUGAUAAUGAGUUUAUCAUCGGGUUUAUCAUGUUUAUGCUCCUUAUCCGUUGUUUUAUUCUAUUUUCAUAUUUAUCAAGUAUUAUAUUAACGUGAAGUAUCAAGAGUAUGAUUUAUUUGAAUGUAAUUCAUGUAAAAAAAGGUGUGAUUCAAAGGGCAUUCUGUGACAAAGGCCCAUCAAGUUAACAAGUGUCCUUUUAGAUUUUUUUCAUUUCUUCCUAUGGUAAGACGAUGUUAAAGGGAAUGAAACCUUUGGAACAAGUAGGCUUGUGUCGAAACAGAAAAAUCAAAGAAUAAGAACAAAGAAAGUGAGAGAAAAAUCGGACAAAUAAUGAGAAAGUUAUGAGCAUUUGAAUAUUGCAAUCACUAAUGCUAUGGAGAUCCUCCCGUUGGCAAUGCAACAAGGACGUGUGAUGUCACAUGUGAACAACUUUCCCUUUGAUGGACUAUAAAAUACACCCAAAAUGUCUCUGAUUGCUUUUUCUUAUGGUGAUACAAACUCUUUAGCCUUGAUGUAUUCUUUAAAAAUCUGUAUUACAUGCCCUCCUAUAGAAAGAACACAUGAUCUACUGAUAGAUGUGAUAAAAGAGGCAAUUUAAGUGAAAUAUAUACUAAAGUAAUGGGGAGAGUUGUUCACUAGCAAGUGACAUCACAUAUCUUUGUCGCAUUGCCAAUUUGAGGAUCUCCGUAGCAUUGGUGAUCGCAAUAUUCAAAUGCUCAUAACUUUCUCAUUAUUUGUCCGAUUUUUCUCAAACUUUCGUUGAUCUGUUUCUUUGAUUUUUCUGUUUUCACACGAGCUAUCUUGUUUCAAAGGUUUCAUUUUCCUUUAAGCCCCAACAAAACGGGUAUGACAGCUUUGAUGAUGCAAAGAGAGUGAAAGUUGAGAUUGUUUAAAUUUGCUAAGCAUUAUCGAAUACUUAAGAUGUGUCUGUUUUUCCUUUUGUCUUUGCUGGCAAUAAUUUGUCUUAUUGUUAAAUGGAAUCUUCAAAUACCUUGUAUAUACAAUGAAUUUUUAUUUUGAGUACAAUGUACAGAAAGAAGACAGGGAUUUGAAUUGAGCAUGUGAAGUUUGCUCAUGUGACUCUUUCUGUACAAGUUCGUGAUGUUGUAAAGAAUGUGGAACUUAUGUGUCUCAUUUCUGCUAAAUGAUAAUUGAAUCGUGCAGCAGAAUUAUCGAAAUUACGAUCGGUCUGGGGAUUAAGUGGAUGCAAUGUACCAAAAAGUCCAAAAUAUAUUUGAAAGUGAAAUUGAUGAAAAAUAAUUAUGUAUUUAGUCAGUGUGAGGACGGGAGUGGUGAAUUAAUUCUUCUUUUUUUCUUUCAAUGAUUUUUUAUUUUCAUAACUUCAUAUACAUAUAACAAACAUAAUCAUUUUGCACAUUAAGUUUACCGUGAUAUUAAAAAAAAAAUACAAUGCUAAUGAGAGUACAUGAGAAGGAAGCUCAUUGAGUCAUGCAGUCAUCAGCCACUCCUAUGGAGUGAGCAAUCGAAUGUAUUUUAUUUAUUGUUAUUGUCCAUAAUGGACAUUCUAGAAAUAUGAAUUACCGAAAAAUGAAUUACAUGUAUUCAUUGUGCAGUGGUAAUUUCAAUGCGAACUGUAUAUUGUGGUGUGAUUUUAUUGUAGCCUAUAUUUUUUAUGUAUAGGCACUGUACAAUUUUAAACAGUGGGUUGUAAUUUUGAAAAAAAGUAGGCCUAUCUUUACAUCUUUCAUUAAAUUAUUUCCCCCUUUCGAGAUACACCACUUUCGUAUAUAUAUACAGUAUGAUCUACCUUAGAGAAGGGUGGAACGGGUGGGAUAGUUCACAAGAGAUGAUUGAUAAACUCAAUGUAAUAUAUCAAGUUGUUAAAUCUAUUUUGUAAAUGUGUAUACAUUGUAAUUUUAUCAUUUUUGUAAUGAAUUGAUUUUGUGUAAAUUCUAUUCACCCAUGCAUGAACAAUAUGAAUACGUCUUUAUAAUAUUUGAAUUUAAGUGUAUUGAUUAUAAAGAAUUAUAAUUAUAUUAAUAUUGAUAGUUCCAUUUCGUAAUUACUUGAUGUAUGGUAACAUUAUGAUUCGGGUCUUUACUUUACCGUGAGCAUGCACAUGAUAAGACCACAUUCUGACCCACUGAAUGUCAUCAUCCCAUUCACUCUUUCACAGUCGUUUAUCAUCUAUUAAUUAUUCUUGUGUGACAUGGUGAAUACCUGCAAUGUACCUCUAUACAGUUUAUUUACUGACUUGAAUAUAUUGUUUUCAUGUUAUUUGCAACGUUUCUCAAAAUUCAUUAAAUACCAGAAAAAAAUCAUGAAAAUCUUA